GGACGAGCGCGUGCCGAAGUGGGCCCGAAGCACUCUCGGAUGGUGCUGCUGCUGCCGCCGCCGCUACCCCGCCGCCCCCUGACCAUACCUGCCCCCACCCCCACCGGCGCUUAGCUCGGCAACAGCGCCACCGAAGUUUCCUCCUCGUCUUCUCGUAUCUGGAAAGGGAGAAUCCAACGUGGUCUCGCGUCGCGCUGCCACUUCGGCUUCCACGAAACUCGGUUCGGCGUUCGGCUCGGCUACCUCGUUUGCCCCUUCUCCCUUUUGCUCUUGGGGACCGGUGGCGCCCUCUGUGGUGCCUCAAGCUGGCGCCAUCGUUUGAAGAAUCGGGUGAUCCGUAUUCGAGGGUUGCUUAGCAGUGCGCUUCACCAAACUAAACCGUUCACGAUAAAAAAAAGGGCAGAGUUUUUCUAUCUAAGGAAAAUGAACGUUAUUAAUCUUACUUAUGCCCUGGAUUUAACAAGCGUGGCAGGACACACAUUAAGUCAGGAGGAAAUCUAUGUUGUCCAGAAUGCAUUGUUGAUUUUGCAAGGAGAAAAUCACUUCAAAAAUGUUUACUUCAUGGGUAAAUUGUUUGGUAUAGAAAAAGAUUAUUAUUUGGCAUUUGGAUAUAGGUCUGAUGCAUUGACGGGGCGCUCAUUCUUUUACAGCAAUAACCAAUAUGAUUGGUUCCUUCUGGGAGAACCAUCCCCUUGUGCCCUCAAGCUUACCCCAAGAGUGAGCCAAAGGUUUACAGGUGAUCCAAGCCAAAUAAUUGACUGGAGGGAUGCAGGUGAUUCAAGCAGUGUCACAGGAAGAGGAAGUGUGUUGAAAGAGGAGGACCGGCUAUCAGCAGUAGUGUACACACUUCAUGAAGAUUGUGCUAUUGCACCAAAAGGAGCCUUUUUUCUAGAUGUUGAAGGUGUGGCAGACAUAAACCCAACAUUUCAAGGACUAAGCCUUCAACAGGGAACUGAUGCCAGAUGGUGGGAACAGACACACAAGAAGGAAGUUACCAGCUCAGGUGAUUUCCUGAAAAAUAAUAAAGCAUUAGAAGAUGUCUGGAGCUUCAGAGUUCGUGCACAAGGCAGCGUCAGUGUGUUGCUGCACCUAGAAUGGUUGGGUCUUGCAGCUUAUCACCGCUUACGAACACCAGAACAUGGAUUUGUAUAUUUUGGGGAAGGACUGAAAUUGACCAAAAAGUUGGCCUGAGUUGAAGAACAUAAACGAAAAAGAAUGAAAUCAA